CAAUCUGUGAUUACGUAACAUCUUUUUUAUAGUGUGUCGUGUAUAAUAGACUGCUGUAACGUCUCUGAUGAAACCUUCUAUUUGCCAAACGAUGAGAGUGACUAUAAUACGUACAGUAUGUGGAGCUAUAUUUUAAAGUGGAUGAAUAUGCCCGGAUGCUGCUCGUCAUUUCCUUGUGUGGUGCGGAGUGAUUCGGGGGCGGGUCUCGUUGACUAAUGCAGGAAAACAACUUUUUAACUUUAUUCACUGUUUUGUUCAAGCUGGUUGAGAUCGUUAGGAUCUGAUGUUUCUCCUGACGCUGUCCGCCUGAACUCUUGUUGAUUUACAGAGUUUCCUGAUGGACUCAUUUACUUGUUGCUAAAGUAGCUCAGCUAGCCGUGCAGCUAGCGGUGCUGUUAGCCGACUGUGCAUGCAUUGAGAGCCCCAAAGCCCCGCGGAGAGUGUUGGUAUUCACGCCGCUAGCACAUUAGCUUUGGCCUACCGAGAGCGGGAGGUUUCUGGGAACGGGGAGGGGGGGAGGGAGGGGAACGCAGCGGGGAAUGUUGGCGGGGAGCGGCGCCGGGAUGAGCACCAGAACCGCUGUUGGGCGGGCGGGCAAUGGAACCGAGCUGAACAGCCUCCCGGUGAACACAGCCGUAACGGGAGCGAACACAGUCUCCGUUACCGACGGAGGCCAGUUUGAGGACAGAGACUACAGUACCGAGGUGGUUUACAGCGGCUCCGACCAGGACUCGGAUUCUGGGGAUGACGAGGACACGGCGGGUUCCGGCGGGGACAGGAGAGGGGUCAAGCGCGAGAGGAGUGAGAGGGAAGUCGUGCAGUCAGCGCCCACCUCCGGAGGCCUGGGCGGGGGUUACUGCGCGGUCAGCGCCGGGAUGCCAGGGGCCAAACCCGGCAAGAAAACCCGGGGGAGAGUAAAGAUCAAGAUGGAGUUCAUAGACAACAAACUUAGGCGUUACACGACCUUCAGCAAGAGGAAGACCGGGAUCAUGAAGAAGGCAUACGAGUUGUCCACCUUGACCGGCACACAGGUGUUGCUGCUGGUUGCCAGUGAGACGGGUCACGUGUACACCUUUGCCACCAGGAAGCUGCAGCCGAUGAUCACCUCGGAAACAGGGAAGGCUCUGAUCCAGACCUGCCUUAACUCGCCAGACUCCCCGCCACGCUCCGACCCCUGCUCAGACCAGAGGAUGAGUGCCACAGGCUUUGAGGAGACUGACCUCACCUACCAGGUGCCUGAGGCUGACAGCUGCUCAGAGGUUGCUAAGGAUCUGAUCAAACCAGCGUUCACUGUGUCCAGCCUGCCUGGCACCACACAGCCCACAACUUCCUCCUCCUCGUCCUCCUCUAAUGUGUCCAUGCAGGUGCAGACCAGCGACCCCUCCUGGCAGCCACCCUCUUCCACCAAUGGCACGGUGAUGAAGACGUCGGCAGGUGUCGUGCUUGCAGGAGGCUUCACCAUGAUGCCAGGUGCCUCGCUGCCCCCUGGCACACACACCAUCCCCCUCAGCCAGCUGCAGGGCCAGCCUCUGGCCAUUCAGGGCCCCGUGGCGCCAGCACCCGCUGCUACGCUGCAUGCUUCGUCCACAAAGCCGACCACUCUGCUCCGCCUCCCCACCACUGUGUCACUGGCAGGAGGAGGAGUGUCUCAGCAGCUGCAGACAAUCCAGGUUCAGCCCAGCAGUCAGCAGGCCUCCACCAAUCAGAGCGGUGCAGAUAUUCAUAACUCAGCCUCCUCCACAGCCAGUCUUCCUGCCGCCAUUGCUCCCACCUCUUCGUCCUCUUCUUCAGUAACCAGUCACAUGAUGUACCCCGGUGGUCACACAGUGAUGUACGCCACAUCGUCACCCUCGUUGGGUGAUGGCAGCCUCACUGUCCUCAACACCUUCCCCCCGACAGGCCACGCCCAGUCACAUGACCCUGGCACUGUCCCACAGGUCUUCCUCACCUCGCUCCCUCCGGUCGCUGCUCAGAUCCCGGUGUCUGCAGUACAGCUCCACCCGAUGGUGAUCAGUCAGCAGAGCAGCGGCAACAACCUGACGGAGCUGCAGGUCGUCAGUCUGGACCUCCACCAAUCAAAAGACGACUAAGUAUCACAUGACCCCUUCUCCCGACACACACACACACACACUCAGCUGGAUCUCUUCUGGACGCCAUUGAAAACAGUCCACAUGUUGAUUUUUUUCUGAACCCCUGCGGUUGGUUUGUGGUAAUGAGGCAGCAAACCUCCUGUUUACUUGUGUUUGUGUUUAAUGUAAACAACAACAGCUGAUGGUCAGACCCUUCAUGAUGUCAGGGCUGCAGUGUGUGAGGCACGCUCAUCAUUUCUCCACAUGACCUUUAACAUUAGAGGUGUACAUUGGAAAUUUUAUGACCGGUUUGAGUAUUGUGAGAAUUAAGUUCUAAUUUUAUGAGAUAAAGUCGUUUUAAUACUUUGGGAGCAAAUGUGUACUACUAUCAGGGUACUUCAUUCUUUACAUAUUCAGUCUUUAUUCUGUGAAUAUCAGGUUUGUUGUUUGAGCAGUGCCCCUGCCACUCAGCGACAUCAGACUGUUCAGGUGAAUGCAGUGAUGAUGUCGUUGACCAGGUGUCACAUAAUCACCCGUGUGUGUGUGUGUGUGUGUGUGUGUGUGUGUGUGUGUGUGUUUGUCAUAUGAAUGUAUCUCAGUAUGUUUGUGUUCUUCAGUUUCUAGUUUUACUUGGGGGUUAAAAAAGUGCCAAAAACACUGAGACUCAUUAAAGGAACAGUUCACCCUAAACCUAUAAAUUAUGUUUGCUUGCAUCUUUUUCAGUUUGCCUCAGUAAAAGCUCAUGUGCACACAGAACAACUGACUGAGUUCAGUAGGUGUGUUGUUAUGUUUAAAGUGGAGCUGUGUCAGCAGGGACCAAAACAGAGAUGUAAAAACCGUGGAUUGCUGAGUGAGCUGCGGUCGAUGAUGAGCACUCCACGAGCAUGUUGGGACACAACAAAAAAAAUCUUGUGAAGAAUGUGUUUGUUUUUAUACAGUUGGAGACACGAGUUGCGGUUUCCUGAUAAUAAUGGCAGAUGUUAUCGAUACAUGUUUAGUUAAUAAAAACAUCACUGUCCACUGAAGUUCCCUGGUCUGAUCACUAAUGGCCAUUUAUUUAGAUCAUUUAUCAGAGGAUAAUGUUGGCCACAGAGGCAUCGUGUGUUUGUAAUGUUCAUACAGUACCUGGUGUGUCAAGAUGAGCCAGUGCGUUUAAGGACACACGGUCAUCUGGAACUCAACAGUUGAAGGGUUUUAUUGAGGAGUUCAGUCAUCGGGAAUCAGACGAGGGCUCGGAGCUGUUCUCGUUCUGAUGCAUUGUUUCCUCUGGUGAAAUCUGCAGACCUGAUCUGAUCUGGGUUUGACUCUGAGGAUUUUCUGUCUGGCCUGAGGACUCCUUUUCCAAAGUCAAAGAUAUUUUGCAGACAUUCUGCCUUGAACAUUCUUGUUCUUUACUGGGUGUUCUCUCAGCAUCACAAAGUGCAGUAGGUCAGAUCUUUGACAUCUGACCUCCUCAAUGUGUUCAGUGUUUUCCUCAUGUACCGUAUGUCAUCAGUUAUGGAUUGUUAGCUGCAAGUUGUUUUGUCAGAAA